AAAUAUGUGGAUAGCAUGAACCAAACGAACCAGAACGAGUGGUUACAAUUUUGGGUCAAUGAGAUUUUUAGAUUUCAUCCUAAUACCAUAGCUCUUGUUCACCUUUUUCUUUUGGUUCCUCAGGAGCCCCUGGCAGGAAACUUCAGAAGAAAGGCAAUUACUCCAAUUCUUUUUGCAAUUAUCUCGCCUCUUAUGGCUACAAUCACAAAUUUCUUAACCAAGCCACCUUCUUCUGAUCGUUACUCCAUCCCCAAAAUCAGUUCUCUCCGCUCCCACGCUUCCUUUCUACCAUCUUUUGUUACUAGACCUGGACCUUUUUCAGGGAGACUAGAAGCAAGCAAAACCCGCUUCGUGACUAAGGCUACGGCUACUCCUGGGACAAAGAAAGCUUCUAGUGAUGAGAGAGUACAGCAAGUUCACAGCAUAGAGGAAUUCGACGAAGCUCUUCGGAUGGCUAAAAACAAGCUUGUUGUGGUGGAAUUCGCUGCCAGCCACAGUUUCCAUAGCAGUAAGAUUUACCCUUUUAUGGUUGAUCUUAGCAGGACCUGCAACGAUGUAGAGUUCAUUCUUGUGAUGGGCGAUGAGUCGGAGAAGACUAGGGAGCUUUGCAAAAGAGAGAAGAUAGAGAAAGUGCCGCACUUCAGCUUCUACAAAAGCAUGGAGAAAAUCCACGAAGAAGAAGGGAUUGGACCGGAUCAGCUGAUGGGCGAUGUGCUGUAUUACGGUGACAGUCAUUCGUCUGUCGUGCAGCUGCACUGUAGGAAGGACGUGGAGAAGCUCAUAGAAGACCACAAGCUCGACCACAAGCUGAUUGUUAUGGAUGUCGGCCUUAAACAUUGCGGGCCAUGCGUCAAGGUGUACCCAACGGUGAUUAAGCUUUCCAGACAGAUGGAUUCCGUGGUUUUCGCCAGGAUGAACGGUGAUGAGAACGACAGCUGCAUGCAGUUCCUGAAGGACAUGGACGUGAUCGAAGUGCCAACGUUUUUGUUCAUCAGAGACGGUGAGAUUUGCGGAAGGUAUGUGGGUUCUGGCAAAGGAGAGCUCAUUGGGGAGAUUCUACGAUACCAAGGUGUCCGAGUAACUUAAUUAUAAAAUAAAAAUUGAACCCAAAAUGAUACAAAUAUCGAAUUAGAUGUCUUUUUUCAAAGUAUUCUAGUUGAUUGUACUCCUACCAUCAUUCAUGUUGGGAAGAUAAAUUUUAGUACUGAAACCCUAAGUUUAGCCCAACAAUUCAUAGCUAAAUUGGACCAAUAUUUUCUUCACUUUAAACUUAAUGGUUAAUUAUUUUUUUAGUA